AUGAGCGUGGAUUACAUCGAAUACUGCGAUUACACACCAGACAAUGAAACCGAAGCGGACAUCAGUGUCUUUGGCGCGCUGAACAAUGCCAGUCACCAUGCGUCUUUGACUCCAUUCCUGGUCGCCGUCAACAUCUUGGUCUGCGUGGUGGGCCUGGCAGGGAACUCUGUGGUUAUCUGGAUCUGCGGAUGGAAGAUGAAAAGAACGGUCGUCACCAUUUGGUACCUGAGUUUGGCCAUAUCCAACUUGUUGUUCUGUGCCCUCUUGCCUCUGGAGGUGGUCUACAUGCUCACCUCGCAUUGGCCUUUCGGGCUGGUGAUGUGCAAGUUGACAUCAUCGGCGCUGUUCCUCAACAUGUACAGCAGCGUUUUCCUCCUGGUUCUGAUCAGCGCCGACCGAUGUGUGGUGGCGACAUUCCCAGUGUGGUCGCGGAACCACCGCACGGUUCGCGGGGCCUUUGCAGUUGUUGCGCUCGUGUGGGGCAUGGCUGCGCUCCUCACUCUGCCCUCACUUAUUGUCAGGCAGACCACAGUCCGAGGAGAUGUGAUCUCGUGCCGCGUGAUCUACGCAGAUCCGUCCAGGCACAAGGCGGUGGCGCUAACCCGCUUCACGUGCGGAUUCCUCGCACCUUUUGUGGUGAUCGUGCUGUGCAGCUCGGUGCUGGUUGCAAAGCUGCGCGGGAUGAGCGUCAGGUCCACCAAGCCCUACAAAAUCAUGGCGGCACUCAUUUCCUGCUUCUUCAUGUGCUGGGUUCCCUACCACACUUUUGUUCUCCUGGAGUUGGACGUGAAGAGACUCAGCCAGGACAGUCUUCAGAUUGGGAUAAAAGUCGGGGCUACUCUGGCGGCGGCAAACAGCUUCCUAUCGCCUAUUCUCUAUGUCUUCAUCGGGAACGAUUUCAGCCAGAUCUUAAAGAGCUCGCUAAUGCAAAGGUUGGAGUCGGUCAUGGCGGAUGAUUUCCGGACAGUACGUUCACAAUCGGUGCAAAACAUGCAAAACUUGUGA